AUGGUUGAGGUUGAGGAGGAGAAGAAGAGGCCAUUGAUGGAAGAAGCAUCUGAUAAGAAUCUUCCUGAUUUCAAGAAGUCCAUCAAGCUCAAAUAUGUGAAGCUUGGUUACCAUUACCUCAUCACACAUGGCAUGUACCUCUUCCUCUCCCCUCUCGUACUUGUCAUUGCUGCUCAGGUCUCUACUUUCUCUCUCAAGGACCUCGCCAGCCUCUGGGAGCAUCUUCAGUACAAUCUCAUCUCCGUGAUCCUCUGCUCCACACUCUUUGUCUUCCUCAUGACCAUUCACUUCAUGACUCGGCCGCGUCCCGUCUACUUGGUCGACUUCUCCUGCUUCAAACCCGACGAUGCCCGUAAAUGCACCAAGAAGACCUUCAUGGACCGUUCUAAACUCACCGGCUCCUUCACAGAGGAGAAUCUUGAGUUCCAGCGCAAGAUCCUCCAACGUUCAGGGCUCGGUGAAUCGACUUACUUACCUGAAGCUGUCCUCAAUGUUCCUCCGAACCCUUGCAUGGAAGAAGCUCGAAAAGAAGCAGAGACUGUCAUGUUCGGAGCCAUCGACGAGCUUCUUGCCAAGACCAACGUGAACCCUAAGGAUAUUGGGAUCUUGAUUGUUAACUGCAGCUUGUUUAACCCGACGCCUUCGCUAUCCGCCAUGGUUGUCAAUCACUACAAGCUCCGUGGCAACAUACUCAGUUACAACUUGGGAGGAAUGGGUUGCAGCGCAGGUUUGAUCUCCAUCGAUCUUGCCAAGCAUCUUCUCCACACCAUUCCCAACACUUACGCUAUGGUGAUCAGCAUGGAGAACAUCACGUUGAACUGGUAUUUCGGGAACGACAGGUCAAAGCUCGUCUCUAACUGUCUCUUUAGAAUGGGAGGUGCGGCGAUUCUUCUCUCGAACAAACGAUGGGACAGAAGAAGGUCGAAGUACGAGCUUGUUGAUACGGUGAGGACUCACAAGGGAGCUGAUGAUAAAUGCUUUGGCUGCAUCACUCAAGAAGAGGACUCCGCAAGCAAGAUUGGUGUGACAUUGUCGAAAGAUCUAAUGGCUGUUGCUGGUGAUGCUUUAAAGACGAACAUCACUACGUUAGGACCACUGGUGCUGCCGACAUCUGAACAGCUUCUGUUCUUUGCAACGUUGGUUGGACGGAAAGUCUUCAAGAUGAAGAUCAAGCCGUACAUCCCAGACUUCAAACUAGCGUUUGAGCAUUUCUGUAUCCACGCGGGAGGGAGAGCUGUUCUUGACGAGUUAGAGAAGAACUUGAAGCUCUCGGAUUGGCACAUGGAGCCCUCGAGGAUGACGCUUUACCGGUUUGGUAACACAUCGAGUAGUUCUUUGUGGUAUGAGUUAGCGUACAGUGAGGCCAAAGGAAGGAUCAAGAGAGGUGAUAGGAUUUGGCAGAUUGCUUUUGGUUCAGGGUUUAAGUGCAACAGCUCGGUUUGGAGAGCGGUGAGGUCGGUUAACCCUAAAAAGGAGAAGAAUCCAUGGAUGGAUGAGAUCCAUGAGUUCCCAGUUGAUGUCCCCACUCAUGCAACAAUCUAG